AAAUCAGGAAGCAAUAAUCUUUUGGUUGUUAGAAACAGUGUAUUUUCUCUAAUUUGCCAUUUUUCCAGUUUGAAAGUAAUGUGUUAUCUAUUCUCCUGCCAAAUUGAAACUAUUCACAUCUUUCAAAUAGUUUAUUUGGAUCCUAAGAACAACAGUGACUAAUCCAUUUAUUAUCCAAAUCAUCACCUUUUGUCUUCUUACCUGGUUGGAAACUCCAAGCUCUACAGGACCAAGGAAGAACUGGCAGUGACGUGUACAGUGGGUGUUGCGUUUCUGCAGUAGACAAGCGAGUUCCCCACUCAGUCAGGACACUCGGUGCAUUCUACACCGCCGCUUUGCAACCGGAUUGUUCAGCUGUGCAACAAUGUAUCUGUGCAGGGCCGUCUGGCAAAAAUUAGCGCCUGUGGCACGGACUUCUACCAGGUUUGCCAGAAAUGCAGCCCCCGUGCGGCAGAUGUCCUCCAGCGGCGCCCCAGGUUCGACUGGUGAUAACCUGGUGUACGUCAUCCUGUGUGGUGGCUCGUUUGCUGGCGCGGGAUAUUAUGUCUACAAGACUCUAACUACUGACUCAGCCAGGUACCGGGACAGAGUCACAGAGAUCAGCAGCAGACCAAAGUCAGAAUGGACACCAAAGCCAUGGCCAUCUAACAAGGAAGAUGAAUCUGAGGACUCUGGAGAGGAAGAGGCUGCACCGGAGCCUCUAGCAGAGUCUGCAGAGGCCCUGGAGGAGGCACUAGCCGAGGCCUCAGCAGAGUCCCCAAGCCCUGCCUUGUUCACAGAGGCUGGGGUAGCUGACGCACCUGCAGCUGAGGAAGAAAUCUCAUCACUGGUGGAAAACUCUCAGGAACCUGCUCCCACAGACGCUGCCCCGGUCCAAGAAACCGAGCCUGUGGCAGAGAUGGGAGGGCUAGCAGCAGCAUCAGUUGAAACAGAAGUUUCAGAGGCUGUAGCAGAGCUGCCAGAGGCUGCUUCCGCAGUUGCCAUUGAAGUGGUUUCUCCAGUGGUGGAGAAGCCAGAGAAGAUAGCAGAAGCUCCAGUGGAGGUAGAGACAUCUACCCCAGAGGAUGUGCCAGCCAGCCAAGCUGCUGAAGAAGAAGCCAUUCAGAAUGUCAAAGUUCCAGAGGCAGAAGCUGAGCCAGUGGAGGCUGCAUCCCCGGUAGUUGUUGAGGUGGUUGCUCCGGUCGUUCAGGUGUGUCCUGUGGCGGAGGAGCCGGUUGAGACAGCAGAAGCUCCUGUGGUAACAAGGACUCCGCCCACACAGGAAGUGCAAACUAGCCAAGGUUCGACACUAGAAGCCAGCCAGGAGGUCAAAGUGGGAGUGACUGAGUCAGUAGAGGUCGUUGAGGUGGCCUCUCCUGUUGCUGAGGCGAGUCCAGCAGUGGAGAGCGAUUCUCCAGUGGUGGCAGAGACAUUGUCUGCAGAGGUUCCAGUCAGCCCCAGGGCAGCUGAAGAAGUUGUUCAUCAGGUUGAAGAGAUCCUUGCAGAGGUGACUGCGACAGCAGCUGCUGGUUCUGAGGAGGCGACCCCAGAGGGUCCUUCUGAGGGUGCCCAGGUUCCACAUUCAGAAGAAGACUCUACUGUUCAACAGCAAGAGCCUGCUCUUGUGGACGCAAUUGAAGAGGUUGCAGCAGAUUCAGAAUGCCAAGAUUGAGACCUCUACGAUGAAGUGGCUGUGACAAUCAACGAAAGCUGUGAAGUGCCUUUCCCUUUAUGUCCAGAAGCACAAUGUGGCUGUGUGUUCAACAGCAGAGAAGAUAAAGCCCUUUUAUGUCUAUGUAAUAAUGAUUCAUUUUGCAGUCUAAGCAUGUGAAGAUCACACCACACGUGGGAUAAAGUCACACAAUUCUACAGCCUUAUUUUAUAGAAAGUCAAUAGUUCUGAAAGGAAUAAACUAAAGAAAUGUAGUUGUAGGCAGUGGCAGUGGCAGUUAUGCUUCAGAGGGUAAUCUCUUGGAAUCGUUUUUCCAGAAGCAUUCUGUAGAUGUAACCAUCCAGCUGAACAAUGGAGAAUGUGUGGGAAAAAAACAAACAAAAAAAACAAAAAAAAAGUAUUGUGCAAUGUACUGAUGUGGUCACGUGAGGUGUCAUGUGAUCUACUAUGUUGAGAUAUGCAUUGUGGGCUUCUGUAGCAGGUCACUCUAAUUUGUUUGGCUUGCUACUGUUAAAAAGGCACUACAGUGUAACAAAAUACUUUAGAGGAUGCUUUGCUAAAGUCCAGUUCUUUGCAAGGUUUUUUUUGCUGUCUUGUUCUUAAUCCCUGUUUUUCUACCGACACCCCUUACAGAAAGGUUAGAAAAACACCACUGGGUAUUGCAUUUGAUUUCCUGUAGUGUCAGUACCAUUGCUAUUUGUGAUCUAAUUGUGUAAAUGUUGUCACUGUGGUUUGGUACCAUUUCAACGUUAUCCAUGUACUACUAGUGCUACUGUGGUGAUAAAUCAUUGCCAUUAGUGGUAUGCAAUUGUAGUGCAAACCAAUCUGGUGUAAUAUAAAAUAGCCACAUGAUA